AUACCCAAUUUACGACCAAAACGGCUGAAAAACCGUACCCUUUGGGGCCGCACAUACCUAUAUAGCCCAUGUAAGGAAGUAGCCCCCACCCCCGGGGCUUUAGUACUGCAAUUUUUUAAAUAGAAUACUAACCAUAGAUACCCAUCCACGUGAUCUUCAUUCCUCUCAGUCAACUCCAUUGCUCGAUUGCAUGGCCUGCAUCUUAGUGGAUUGGCCAGCAAAUUGUGACCCUGCAACCAUCGAAUCAACUCUAAAAUAGGACCGUUUGAAAGGGUCGUAAUAUCAAUGAGGUUCAUUGUUUGCCCAGUGCUGCGAUAUUGACAGUCUCGACGAAUGGUCUCUAACACGGUACUUCCUGUAAAAUCUCCAAAUAUGGUAAUGAUUCCAAACAACUCUGCACUGAAACAUGAGUACCGUGGACCACGCGGCACAUCGUAUUGUCUUCCUUCGAAUCGUUUAGUGUGGUGUACGCAGAAAUUCCAUAAGAAUGUCGGACAAAGGUGGUCGAAAACCAAGAGCCAGGAAUCUCUCCAGAACUUUUAUACUUCUGAGAUCAGAUGAUUCGAAUAGUCGCGUUCCUAGAUCAGCAACGCUUAAGACACUCGAGGCAAGUGGACGAAUAAAGGAGAUUGAAUUUAGCAAUAAUGCGACAUCGCAGCACAUCACUGAGUUGGUCAUGAAUGCCUUUGGUCAACUUAACCAAUCAAACAUUUCCAGGCUUGUCUUGUAUAAGACUGUUGGAAACACAUCCGUUUUAAGCCGGGCUGGUAGAGCUGGAAACAUCUGCGGAGACACCCUCAAGUGUAUUUAUAAAUCUCGCGCAAAGGUGUUCCUUCGCUUAGAGGACGGUAAGAACAUCUAAAUCGUAAGCGACGUAACAUUGAGCAUAAGAACUCGGUAUCCUGUUCGGCUGUUAAUGUAGCUGUCAAAUCACACUUUUAUUUUACAAGGUAGCAUUAUUGGUGAUCAUAUUUGAACGCAGCUAAACGCUUUGACGAACGAGCCAUCGAUAAGAUAAUUGGUGUAUCUUUGUGAUUCAAUGAAAUGGAAAUAAAUGGCCUUUAUUCUUUAAAGCGCUUCUGAAAUAUGUAACUGGAAUAUAUAUGUUAAGGUGGCUCCCUAUAGUUUUACGAUCGCA